AUGGCGGUCACCGAGCAACGCGGCCUGUCGCCUGAGCAGCUCCAGUUCUGGGAAGAAAAUGGCUACCUCUUGAUCCCGGACGCGCUACCGCAAGAGACGGUCACAGAGCUCCUUGCCGAGUCGCAUAAGAUGCUGGCAGAGUUCCCCAUCGAAUCACAUCCUAUGACGAAAUUCUCGACUGGUCAGGGCGAGAAUCAGCACGUCGGUGACGAUUACUUUCUCGAAAGCGGCGACAAGAUUCGUUUCUUCUUCGAAGAAGACGCCUUCAACGCCUCGGGCGAGCUCACCAAACCGAAAGACCGCGCCAUCAACAAGAUCGGGCACUACCUCCACCAGCUCUCGCCUCCCUUCCGCUCCGUCUCGCUGUCGGCGCGCAACGCGGCAAUCGCGCGAUCGCUCGGCUUCCGCGACCCACGCGUGUUGCAGAGCAUGGUCAUCUGCAAGCAGCCCGAGAUCGGCGGCGCGGUGCCGCCGCACCAGGACUCGCCCUUCCUCUACACGGACCCGCCGUCGGCCGUCGGCUUCUGGUACGCGUUGGAGGACUGCACCGCGAGCAACGGCUGCCUCAGCUUCGCGCCCGGCUCGCACCGCACGACUCCGGUGCGGCAGCGCUUCGUGCGCCUGCACGAGGCCGGCACGGGCGGCUCCGGCACGGGGUUCGUGCAGAAUGCGGGCGAGGCGUUUCCGCCCACGAUACGCGAGAUGAGGGAGAAGGAGGGCGUCGGGGCGGGUGGGGACACGGGGAUUGAGAGUGAGGUGGAGUACAGGAUGGGCGAGGUCAAGGCGGGGACGCUGGUGCUGAUACACGGGAACGUGCUGCACAAGAGCGAGAAGAACCUGAGCGAGAAGAGCAGGUUCAUCUACACAUUUCACUGCAUCGAGGGCGAGCAUGAGUAUGACCGGCUCAAUUGGCUUCAGCCGCCGGAGGAGGGCUUUUCCAAACUACCGGUAAGCGCAUGA